AUGAGUGAGAACAUUCCAUUAACGAGUACGACUUCCGAGACCGAAGGCGCGUACUCCCCUCCCUCUCUCUUCGAACACACGCAGCCCGCGGAACGCGCGGCAAAACACCAGCACGCGGAGCAAUGGGCGCAAGACGGCGACGUGAAAGUCACAGUAUCCGAGCGCCUCGUGUCGCACAACGUCGAUUUCCCUCCGUUGAAGGCCGAACCGCAGGAAGAGCAGGCUGAAUCUCGCAAAGCCGCGCACAUUCCUCAGAAGAGCUUCGACGAUCCGACGGCUGGCGGCUGGAACGAUUUCGACAAAUCGUCCACCAUUUUCAAUUUCAACGAGCGCCCCGUGCGCGACGCGGGAUGGCGGUUCGUCUUCGCCGUGCCGCUCGUCGUCCUUCUCGUUGCGGCCUUCCACGCCUUCGUCUAUUCGCUUUUCGACUCCCCAAGCCCCCUCCUAAUUUCUCCCUCCCUCUAUUCGGUUGCGUUGAUUCUCCUCUUCGCCUUCAGCCUUCCCCUCCCCAUGUUGAUCGUCUCUUCUCUCCGCAAAAUCCCCGCGCGCAUCUUGAGCGCGCUCAUAAUCCUCGCCGCCGUGAUUUGCGCUCUGCAAAGCGCCAUCUCCGCCGUGCAUUACUACACGACGCCCGCGCUCGUGCCGCCAAAUGCAGCGGACGUAUCCCCGGUGGUAUACGCGCCAGUCCGCGAUGGCUCGUCGAGUGACUUUUCUGUGAACACGGACGUUGCGGAAAGCGCGGAGGGGGAGAGCGGGGAGACGAACGACGACAGUGGCGGGAUGAUGUCGGGAGGAAUGGGAGAGGAAGAAGAAGCCGCCAUGAUGGACUCGAUCAUGGCGGAAGAGGCGAAGGAAGGCACAGAAGGGGGCAUGAUGGAAGGGGGUAUGGAAGGGGGAACGGAGGGCGCCAUGGGGGAGCACAUGAAGGGGCAGGAAGACCCAUUUGAAGCGGCGGGGACCAGCGCUGGUGACGCGGCAGCGGAGGCUGAGAGCAGCAGCAGCGCACCUACCAGCAGCAGCAGCGCUGCGGCCACGAGCGACAUCGGCAAGGGCCUCCUGGAGCUCACACUGCCCGCCGUCGCACACCCCGUGGUAUCCGUUACCGUUACCGCACAGCACGCCGCCCACUGGGUGCGCGCCGUCCACUCCACCGUCCACUACGCCGCCCGCCGUCAUCUCCAAAGCCACGCGUCAGACGCGGGAAAGAGAGCGCGCGGGAGGUCCUUGCAGGGCGAUUAUCGGCUGUACGGGGUGGCGUUGGCUGCAAUCCUCGUACUCCGUCCUCUCUACUUCAUCGGGUUUGUCAUGUUCGGGCUUCUCAGCGUUGUCGCCAUGCUCCUCGUGUUGCGAUGCAGCCACCACCUGCCGCUUGCAGCCUCUGCUGUUGCGCACGCCGCUCAAACGACUGUCUCCAAGGCCCCUGUCAUCUUCCUUAUGCCACUUCCCGUUAUCCUUGCAGCUUCGUUCCUGGCCCUCCCUUUCAUGUAUAGCAGCGAUGGUGCUAAUGUCAUCCUCUUCGUCCUCCUGCUACCCACCUCUCUCUUCGUUGCUCAAGUGCUCUCAGCUCUCCUCACCUACUCCACAGCAGCAGUUUUCGCCCGGCUGUACGUCGCAACCAGCGGCAGCGGCAGCAGCAGCGGGGGGAGCAGCGAGGACGGGGGGCAGGGGGGUGAAAGGGAAGAGGGCGUGACAAUGAGAGGCCAGCUGGAACUUUUCUGCUCGGCCCUCUCCCUGGCUUGCACCUCAUCCCUAGGCACCUGCUGUGCCGUUGCCUUCACCACCUGCACCGCCACCAUUGUCCAAAUCCUCCUCUCCGCCCUAUCUCUCGCUCUCUUUGGCCAAAGCAUCUUAGGUUGCCUGCUUGUGGCACUGCUUCACUGCACACAGAUUGUCAUCCGGUUCUUCCUCAGCUGCCUCGUCCUCCCCACCAGUGCCAUGAGCGGCCAUGGCUUCAACCGCUCUCUGCGCCUCUCGCUCGACAUCCUGCAGCGCUUCCUCACGCCCAUUGUCACGGCCAAUGCUGCUGGACUGGCCCUGCUUGCCGUGCUCCUGUUUCCCCCAGAGGAGGGCUCUGAUGCUGCUGGCCUGGUUGCUGGUGGUUCCCUGUCCUCUGCUGAUGUCAAGGAUACUAGUGCGGUGUAA